AUGGUGUCUCUUGCUGAGCUCAGUGGGAAGCUUGGCCAAUUUAUUGGCAAAAGUGACGCUGUUACAAAGGCCAUUGAAAAUGGUAUUGACAGCAUUAUUAACAGUGAUGAUGACUUCAAAAGCCUUAGAAAUCCUCCGUCUUCGACUGGGCAGUCUCCCGCUCCCGUGCCUGCUGUGUCCAUAGAUACUAAUAUGCUUGAUGAGAAAAUUCAGCAUUAUGAGAAAGAAAUUGAGCUUCUUGAAUCUAAUAAAAAUUCCCAAAAUCCUCCCCUCUCCGCUGAAGAGUCUCGCCUUUUAUCCUCUUAUGAGUCCAAGUUGGAUGCUCUUCAGAAGCUGAAGAGCCUUAAUGAGUCUUUUAAAUCUCUUAGUACUACACAAAGUGAUAACUGUAAAAACCUUUUAAAUAACCUGUGCACUGGCUUGGAGAAGUUUCUUGGUUACCAAGAAACUUCCAAAGGCUACGACGGCACUGGCAUCGUGUACUCCGACCUUGACAGGCUCUGCGACGGCGUUGUGGCGUUCCUUCAUGGUGUUCUUGAGAGUGUGAAAAAUGAUGAGAGCGUUACAACUUAUGAUAAAAAUAAUGUUCCUAACAUUGAUAAAGUUAUUAGUGAUUUACAUGAUAAUGUAGGUAAAGGCCGUAAGGCCUUCCAGGCCGCCGUGACUGAGGUGGAGGGGAAGAUGAAGAGUGUUACGGGGCCAAUUGAAGACAUCAAGACGCUGAUUAAGCAGCAUAAGGAAGAUUCGUCAACUCCAAAAAAGUCUAUUGCUGAACAGGUCGCCGAGUGGACUCGGCGGGCAGGGGAGUACAUUGAGAAGGCUAAGAAGGCCGAUGAGGCCUUAGCAGAAAUUGAUCCCAAACUGAAAGAUAAGUUGAAAUGUCCAAUUGACAUGCUGUUGCAGGCAACGAGAACGUUUGAAGAAAACGCGAAGAAUAGGGACAUUGUUGAGGUGAUUGACAUGGCGAGUAAGCAGUUUAGUGAUGUGCUUCCAAACCUGGUUAAUACUUAUGCUGUUCAGGCAACAGCGGCGGUAGCCGCGGCUAAGGAGAAACGUGUAAAUGAGAUUAAUCAAUAUAUUCGAGAAGUUGAACAAGAGGUUAGUAAUGUACAUCGUAGUUUGGCGCGGUGGAUUAAUGACGCCAACAGCAUCGUUCAUCAUUGCAUUACAGCGACGGGGGAAGUUCAUAGUAAACUUCAAGCGAAGAAUACAGCUACUACCAUCGGUAAAGCGUUUCAGAACAUCGAGGAGGCUAAACAGGAAUUCGACAACGUGAAUAAAAAACUCCAAGAGUUUGAUAGCAAAUUAAAGGAAGGAUUGCGAAAAGCGAAAAGUGAUAUAAUUAAUGGUAUAAAUAUUUAUGUUAAAGAGUUGAAGAAGAAGAUUAGUGUAGACAGCAUCAAGAGCGGCAUUCAGAUUGAAGAUAGGGAUAUUUCUGAAAACAGCGUUCUUAAAGAUACGGAGCUGAGCAAGCGACUUGAAGCGGCAACUCAUGACCAAAAUGCCUUCAAAGACAUUUCGGCACUCACUGCUGCCACUACUGUGGAGAAACUAAAAGACGUCCUAGAGGCAAUGAAAACCAGGUUAAACGGCACUGAUGGUUACGCUGGGACACUGAUCGGUGGUAUUGGUGAUGACAUGAAAGACAAAGUUGAUAAGGCAUUACCUUACGGUAUUGGGCAGACAGCUGAUCUGAAUAAAAUUGGUAAUUAUGCGGAAAGCAGAAACCAGUUUGGCGAUGCGAUUAACGUUAGCCUAGACGAGAUGCCUACAUUGAAUAAACUCAUGAAGGACAAAAUCGAAGUCAUAGAGAACGCACUCAUGGCGAUAAUGAUUGCUCUUGAUUCCCUCACGCCUCUUUUACACAAUAACUACGAUGGCACUCUCGAUAGGUUGUUGAAGUUAAUAGAUGAGGAAAUUGGUAAAAAGCUGAAUGCCAUUCUUGGAAGCGUUAAGCAGUUAAAUGACACAUAUCUUUUCAACCUACGAAUGAAAGUCGAGAAGAUCCUGCGUGAAGCCGAGGAAGCGACGUACAAAGAAAUCAACCGAAUCAGAGGCUUUAUGCUGGAAGAUCUCAGUGGCGCCCUUACUACCAUCAAAAACGCCGCCCUCCGCAAAUUCGCCGCGACCAAGCAGAACGAGCUGGAGGAUCUGAAGAAAUUGGUCACCGAUCAGUCGGCGAGAAUUGAAGAUCUCAUUUCCCUAGACAGCAUGAUAGGCCUGAAAGGUCUACUCAGGGAAAUGAAGGCGUGGCUAGAAGACAGAAGUCUCAUACACAUACAAAGUCCGGUGGAAUUCACAGGAACAGCAUCGCAGCUGAAGCAGUUUUUAGACGCCAUCCUCGAUUACAUUAGAUUGCAGGUGCGCACGCCUGCCAAGGCGCCGGGACAGGAACCAGAGCCCAACGAGGAGUCUAUCAAGGUGGGAAGUGUCAGACUCAGUAUGGACGACUUGCUUAAGUAUCUUCACCAUGGCGAGCCGCAUCCCGACGACCCUACCGGCAAACGUAUUUACAUUUUUGACCACCAUUCUGACAAAUUACUCUCCUCCCUUUCCUCUUCCAUCUCCGCCCUCUCCCCCUCCAACUUCCACGGCUUCCACAAUCCCCUGCUCCUCGACGCCCUCAGGCGCGGCAUGACGCAAUUCACCGAGCAGCUCUCCUGCGCGUACGUGAACGCUUAUAGCGGUAGCACAUUUAAUGGUAAUUUAUUAGAUGAUAAACAUAUUGAUGAUCCUGAUCAACCUCAGAAACAGAAAACUAUAAAAGUCCUUUCCACCGAGGGCCGCAACUGCGCCAAGGUCUGCUCGACCAUACUGGAGACGAUGAAGGUAGAUUUCGAUGAGUUCCAUGAGCACUGCGGAGGAAGAAUCACUGGAUGGAAAGAUCAAAAGGUUUGCCUCAUAAAUGCUAAAAAAGGUAAAAAUGAUCUCGGCGGAUUUUUAAAGCGUUGCGGGUACGGAGUGCCCAGCGAGGAAGGUGUGCAGGACGCCGAGUUAGGAUGUUAUGACAAUGUAACAGGGCAGAAGAUAGUUGAGAAAUUAGCGGCAACUAGCACAGACAAAUCUUUCAGCCGCACUUUCGUGGACACCUUAGAAACUCUCAUGACUUACCUUAAAACAUACUAUCAAGUCUGCCACCUACCCACUCCAUCUUCUACCAAAUAUCCAUCCUCCGUGUACCAAAUGCUCAUUUGGCUUUCCGGCCUUCCAAAUAAUAGCGUAUACCAAGACUUAUCGUUCAACGGUUUCGAUGACCUCUUUGACAAGCCGGAGAAGACAGACACAGAAGAAAUUGAAGAUGGCGGUAUUACAGUUGAACCAAACUCCAAACCGUUGCAGACCUACAAGGAAACCGUCACAGUAGGGACACUGUCAAACGCUCUAACAGCGGUAUGUGCACAAUCACACUCCGUACUUACUGCCAUCCUCGGACAUGGCCACGCAGGUGGCCGCUACGCCGUUGACUUCAACACUAACGAAGAUGAAUUCUCGUAUCCUUCUAACAUGAACAGCUUAAUAUGUGUGCUAUUUGACAUCGUAAAACGCCUUCACGACCAACUUUAUUUCCUGUAUAGACAAUGUAUGCAUGACAGUAAGCUUAGUGGUUGGUCAGACUGUUGGUAUGGUCACAACAUUGGUGGUACAGCAUGGAAGUGUAAUACCCUCCAAUGUCCCAACCAAUCAGGUGACCAAAUUGCCAACCAAACACAUAAGCAAACAUGUAACCAAAAGUGUGACCAACGUGUUAGUUGCGGUGUGAAAUCGCCAUUACAGUCCUUCCUCGAAGAUGGUCUGCAAGGCUUCCUACCGCACAGCCUCAAAUCUGAGAGAGGCAAACUUGAGUGUUCAGUAAAACCGCACUUUAACUUACCAUGUAAAACGCCGAUGGGUUUCUCAGAUAUUAGUCACAUGGCAUCGCAUAGGCAAACUGGUAGGCAUAUAAGAGAAGCGCUUUUUGAUGUUUGCAGUGGUGAAUGGUCUGCUUUCAGUAGACUCUGCAGCCUCCUGAACUGUCUGCUGCCUAGUGCUCCCAAAACGUUAGAUGACAUGUUCGGCUUUUACAAUACUUUCCUGAAUGGGUGGAAUAAGACUGUAGAGCGUGAAUUAAAAUAUACUGUAAACGGCGCAAACUUCGAACGCACCGAUGCAACGUUGGACAUUCGUCCACUUUUCAAGAGUGGUGAUCAUGGCUCCGACCAGAAUAUGCCACAUCUGAAGGGAGAUCUCUAUUCACUUGUGAACUGCAAGUAUAAUGGUAAGUCUAGUGCCGCGUUUCCAUGCGGUCCAUAUUUAAGACCACUGUGCUAUUAUAGAUGUGACCUUUUUGCUGCUAAGAACAAUGAUAAAUAUGUCUCAUGGAUUGUUUACUUGACAGAGUCAUUCCUCGAGUUGCUUGAAAAAUUGUACGAGGAAUGUUGCAAAAACUGCGACUCCGCAACGUCUAAGUGCAGAAUUAGUAAAUGUAGCACAGACUGCGAAGCUAAAGACGCAAAGAUGUCUGUAGCCUCUACGCACAAUGCGUCAUGUAAUUCCAUAGUACAUUGCAACCUUAUGCGUCCGACAUUCUUCAAACAUGGCUUCGUGUAUAGGGACUGCAAGAGCCUAGCAGAUCAAACCACUAAACGCACCUGCAAGGAUUUGUGCAAAGCAUUAGAAAAUGUUAUUGACAAGAAAGAAAAAUCAAAACAUGUACUUGCAGAAUUUGUAUACAGGACAAUUCCUGACUACCUAUGCAAAAUCAGAUGGCCAUUUAUGCUAACACUGCUCACCCUCUGGUCGCUGUCGCUCCUGUACCUGCUGCACAUCGCCGUCGUCCGCCUCGACGUCCUGAGGAUACGCUCCCACCUGAGAUCACCCGCAAGCCACCGCAUCGCCGCGCAGUCGCUCCUCGCCGCCGCACGCGUCAAGGCACUUGCCAACGUCAAGUACUUCUCACCAUAA